CAUUUUUUCCUGAUCAACUCUCUUUUACUGCGAGUCAUCUUCAUACAUUCUUUCGAGCAUAAAUACACGUCUUUGAGCCUUCUCAACAUCGUCAGCCCCUCUCCCUCUCUAUCCAAACACUUUAGGUGGACUUUCGGCACUCAAGCGAAACCGCGUUCGUACCUGCACUAGCCCGCGCCACAGCCACGUAGCACAGUAGCGCGCCACUAGCGACAUCAUAAGGAUGCGCGCCGCCAACAUGCUCGCGGGAGUAACAUCGUUACUCUCGUUCUCCACUCUUGUACAAGCCGUUGCAAUCCCGCAAGGUACCAACUACAACAUGACGACUAGUUCGGCUGUUUCAGGUUACAAAAACGUUGCCUACUUUGUCAAUUGGGCUAUUUAUGGUCGCGCAUACAACCCUCAGGACCUUCCUGGUGAAGAGCUUACCCAUGUUCUCUACGCCUUUGCCGAUGUUCGCGAUACUGGCGAGGUCUUCCUGACGGAUACUUGGUCCGACACUGACAAGCACUAUGUGAAUGACUCGUGGAACGAUGUUGGCACCAACGUCUAUGGAUGCGCCAAGCAGUUGUUCCUCCAGAAGAAGCGCAACCGCAAGUUAAAGGUGCUACUAUCGAUCGGCGGAUGGACUUACUCUGCCCAUUUUGCCCAGCCUGCGUCGACCGCCCAGGGCCGAGCCACAUUCGCGAGCAGCGCUGUCGAGAUUCUAAAGAACCUGGGCUUCGACGGACUUGACAUCGAUUGGGAGUACCCGUCGAAUGAAGCCCAGGCCAACAACAUGGUUCUCCUUCUCCAGGAAACUCGUCGGGCUCUCGAUGCGUACUCUGCACAGUAUGCCCCUGGGCAGCACUUGCUCCUGACUGUUGCUUCACCGGCAGGCCCCACCAAUUACAACAAGAUGAAACUUGGAGCCAUGGACCAGUACCUUGAUUUCUGGAACUUGAUGGCUUAUGAUUAUGCUGGAUCCUGGGAUACGAAUGCUGGCCACCAGGCUAAUGUGCAGCCUUCUUCUUCCAACCCAACCAGCACGCCCUUCAGUACCGCCAAAGCAAUCGACGACUACGUCGCCGCCGGCGUACCCGCUGCAAAAAUCGUCCUCGGCAUGCCCCUGUACGGCCGUUCUUUUGAAAACACCGACGGCCCUGGCACCCCAUUUUCGGGCAUCGGCCAAGGUACCUGGGAACAAGGCGUGUAUGACUAUAAGAAGCUUCCACUAGAUGGCUGCCAGGUCAAGACAGAUGACAGCAUCACUGCUAGCUGGUGCUACGACCCGACCAAGAGGGUCAUGGUCACUUACGAUACGCCUGACAUCAUCGCUAAGAAAAGCCAGUUCAUCCUCGGAAGAGGACUCGGUGGUGGCAUGUGGUGGGAGAGCUCGAGCGAUAAGCCGGGAGACGCGAGUUUGAUCUCGACGUUUGUGAAAACAAUUGGUGGUGUCGAUAGAUUGGAUCAGUCGGCCAACUUGCUCAACUUCCCAGAGAGUAAAUACCAGAAUUUGCGCGAGGGCAUGCCGAACAACUAGCGGGCCGUCCUGUGGUCGUGAUGGUGGCGGCGGCGGUAGUGCUGCUGCUGUGUCAACGUCUGCAAGAUACGGAAAGGUCGCUUUUUGUGAGAAAUUGGCCAAAGGGAAUUGGAUUAGUUCUUCCCCUUCUUUUUUUUUGUGAAGGCUCUGAGCUUUCUGUACAUACGACAAUCGUUCAUUUCUUUCUUUAGGGUGGUAGACGGCCGAACGGCGUUUGUGGGGCUAGAGGGAGACUGGUUUAUGGUUGGGCGAGAGGCCAAUAGAAUAUGGCUCGUAUAUACGGUUUUAUGAAUCCAUUGUUUUCGAAGA